AUGUCCAGCUCUAUACUCGCCAACAUGAGUGCCUGGGAUGAUAGCUCAAAUACACAAAGCUCGUCGAGCAGCGGGCCUGCAAGUCGGUUACCAGCAAAGCCAAGACCUGCUAAACAACCUGUAAAAGAUGACUGGGAAGACGAUGAUGAUGAGGAAGAGGACGACGAACCUCCAAGCGCCGAGAGGAACCGCCAGAUCUGGGAAGACGCAAACAACAAAGUCCAUCACCCAAUGCCAGACUUGAUUCUCUCCCGAAACUCAUCCCUCGCCUCAUCUUCAUCAACAGCCCAAGGAAUCUUCCAACAACAACCAACAAUGCGCAUCUUGAAACGACCCACAGCGAACUCGAACAACUCUCCAUCUCCAGCACCCUCAGAUAAAUCAGCAGAACAAAGUACAAUGGAACAGCUGAAAGAGCGAGAGGCGAGGUAUCAGGCUGCGAGAGAAAGGAUCUUUGGUUCUGGUGGGGAGACCGCAGAAACGGCGCGAGCAAGCCCUAAACCUCAGCAGACCCAAGUGAAGAUUGCCCGGGAACCUCAUGGGCCCAGUUCUGGUUCCGGCUCAUCUGGACAAGCUCCAGCGUCGAAAGGAUUUGUCAAUCGAAGGGGGAAGCCACCAUCUCCCGGCGUCUAA